AUGUCAGUGAGCUCAAUAAACAAAAGGAUAUAUAUACCGAAAUUUUAUGCUGAUGUGAACAUUCAUAAACCAAAAGAAUAUUAUGACUAUGAUAAUUUAGAAUUACAAUGGAAUAAACCAAACAGAUAUGAAAUAAUGAAAAAAAUUGGAAGAGGAAAAUACAGUGAAGUAUUUAAUGGGUAUGAUACUGAAUAUAAUAGACCAUGUGCAAUCAAAGUUUUGAAGCCUGUUAAAAAAAAAAAGAUAAAAAGAGAAAUUAAGAUUCUACAAAAUUUACAUGGAGGACCAAAUAUUAUAAAGUUAUUAGAUAUAGUGAAAGACCCUGUAACAAAAACUCCAUCAUUAAUUUUUGAAUAUAUAAAUAAUAUUGAUUUCAAAACAUUAUAUCCAAAAUUCACUGAUAAAGAUAUACGUUAUUAUAUUUAUCAAAUUUUAAAAGCUCUUGAUUAUUGUCAUAGUCAAGGUAUAAUGCAUAGAGAUGUAAAACCUCAUAAUAUUAUGAUAGAUCAUGAAAAUAAGCAAAUAAGAUUAAUUGAUUGGGGUUUAGCUGAAUUUUAUCACCCUGGUCAAGAAUAUAAUGUCCGAGUGGCUAGUAGAUAUUAUAAAGGACCUGAACUGUUAAUAGAUUUACAAUUAUAUGAUUAUUCUUUAGAUAUAUGGAGUCUUGGUUGUAUGUUAGCUGGAAUGAUUUUUAAAAAAGAGCCUUUUUUUUGCGGUCAUGACAAUUAUGACCAAUUAGUUAAAAUUGCAAAAGUCUUGGGUACAGAUGAUCUACAUGCUUAUUUAAAAAAAUAUAAUAUUAAAUUAAAACCACAUUACCUUAACAUAUUAGGUGAAUAUGAAAGAAAACCAUGGUCUCAUUUUUUAACACAAUCAAAUAUUGAUAUUGCAAAAGAUGAAGUUAUAGACUUAAUUGAUAAAAUGCUUGUUUAUGAUCAUGCUAAAAGAAUAGCCCCAAAAGAAGCUAUGGAACAUCCUUACUUUAGAGAGGUACGAGAAGAAUUAUAA